AUGCAGUCUAUACCCCAUUUUGUUUUGAAUUUUCUUUCAGAGUACAGCUACCUAAUUUAUUCAGUCGAAAAUGUCUUAUCAUGUCUGCUGAGGGGUAAGACCUCGAUCGAGACUCGCGCCGGUCAGAGUCUUCUUUCGACCGGGUAA